GUCACACCGGGGUCACAUCGUGCUGCCCGUGCCAUCCCGCUGACGCAGCCGGAGCAGAGGGCUCAGCCCCGAAGCGAGGGGCAAGGGUUGGUUCUCGGGGCUGCGAGAGGGGAUCUGGCACUGCGGAGGUUCCCCCGCGGCGUUCACGGGCUUUGGGGACUUUCCCAGGCAGAGCAGCCCGGAGCGGGCUGGCAGCCCGGCUACGCACGGUGCCGGGGGGCUCGGAGCGGGUCCCGGCCCUUGGCAGGGAUGGGCACAGCCGGGGUGACACCAGGGUUUGGGAGGACGUUGCAAGCGCAGAGCCCAGCUCCAGCUCCGCAGCGUUCAGCGUCAGGAUCCCGACGUUCAGCAUCGGGAUCUUCAGCUCGCGCUUCCCGGCAGGAUGCGCUGAGCACAGAGGAAACAGCUGGGAUCCUUCAGCUGCUCCAGAUUUUCAUGUUCAAGGAUGCAAGCAAAGCGACCUUUGGGACUCUGCCUUAAUGGUUGCUUUAAAUGGAGGAUGCGGCCUCCCACGAUCUGCUUUGGGACACAAUUCAGGCCUUUUUGCCAUGAAAAUAGCUGAUCCGGAGACGAGAAGUGCCCUUUCCCAGGUCCCACAGGCCAGCUGGCCCCCGUACCUCAGAAAACAUGUAAAAACCAACCAACCACAACAAAACCCCUUUCAAGAUGAAGAUAAGGGAGCGGCCAGGUCUCAUGCAGAAUUCAGGAAAUCAGUUUUUGCAGCUCCUCGGCUACCGCCGCCCUGAGCUCGCGAUGCCUGGAGGAGGAGGUGGGCUGGAGGCUCCAAGGCACCUCUGAAGGGGGGGCUGCGGAGUUUAUUUGAUGCGCCCACACAAUUACGGCUAUCUGCGCCCUUGGCCGAAGCAGCGGUUCCCCAGCUCUACCUGAUCAGCAAAUUCACCUGCGUCCAAAGGGAGCUGGAAGGGAGCUUGGGGGGUUUAGCUGAGCUGACGGAGCUGCUCGGGCAGCAGCAUCUUACUGAGGUGAGACUGGUAUAAAAAUACCGCCCAGGACUCCUGGCAGCUAAAGAUACUAAAUCCUGCCCAAGCAGCCCUGAUCCUGCUCAGGAUGGAUGGAGCCAUUUUAAGCAACAGUUUAAAUUAAGAUCUCUUGGCCAGCUGAGCCCACAUCAACGUGCGGGUUGUCACAGCUUUGGUGCUCAAAGGCCACCUCAGACCCAGAACAGAAACUUCUUUCUCACCGCAAAGGGUACGGGCAGUUUUCCACCGUUUUCCUUCCUGGUCGGAGCUGUGAUGCUGCGCAGCCGAAGAGGGACCUGAGCGGCCCCAGGGGGCAGUGAACGGCUCGGAGUGCCCCCUCGUCCCCCAGGAGAGGCUCCUGGCCCCAGGCAGGGCUCGGGGCCAAGCUGAGCUCGCUCCCCCCGGCCGGGCCGGAUGACAGAUGCCUGCGGUGGAGGAGAACAUGCUGCAGCCCCCGCUUCCAGCCCGGAUGCCUCCGACCCGGAGCUGUACUACGAGGAGGAGGAGGAUGAGUCGGAGCCCUCGGACACCAGCAGCAUCUUCUCCGACGACUCCGUCUACCCUUGCUACGAGCUCUCCCUGGGGGCUGGCGGCGCCGGGGACCUCAGCCUCUACCAGUGCUGCGCCAGGAACGACGCCAGGCUGGUGCAGAAGAGGCUGGAGUGCGGGGUGACCCGGAGCGAGGCCACGGAGCUGGACAUCAACGGGCGGAACGGGCUGAUGGUCGCCUGCUAUAAGGGCUUCGUGGACAUCGUACCCCUGCUGCAGAAGUGCCCCUACAUAAACGUCAACCAUCAGGACAAGGAUGGGAACACGGCCCUCAUGAUGGCAGCCCAGGCAGGACACAUCACCAUUGUCAACUACCUCCUCAACUACUACCCCACGCUGGAGGUGGACAAGCGGGACCCCCGGGGCCUGACGGCGCUGAUGAAGGCUGCGGUGCAGGGGCAGCAGGACUGUGUGGCUGCCCUGCUCCUGGCUGGAGCAGACCUGCAAGCGGUGGAUGCUAUCAAGGGGAAGACGGCCAGGGAGUGGGCAGCCUUCACCGGCCGCUUUGAGACAACCAAGAGGAUCCAGAGCCUCCUGCGGCACCCGCGGGCGGAGCAGUUCGGCACCCGGUACCGGCCCGAGUGGCCGGCCCUGGCCGAGCUGGUGGCCAAAGCCCUGAGCCCCAAAUCCAGGGGCAAGAGGCUGUCAGAGAAGAUCCGAUCCAUGUUCACCUUCAGCUUCCCCCACGACCCCGAAGAGGACGGCGUGAUGGACCACAUGGUGAGGAUGACCACCUCCCUCGCCAGCCCCUUUGUGGCCACCGCUUGCCAAACCAUCUGCCCCGACAGUCCCCCCGAGGUGGGCAAGCGCAGGCUGUCCGUGCCGGAGAUCCUCGGGCAGCACGUGCUGGAUCCAGACGCUGAGCCAGAACCCACCUCGUGCGCCGACACCGGCGCAUCCUCUUGCAAUGGCCAAGCCGUGUCGGAGAUCCGGCUCCUGCCACCGCGCCGGACGGUUGGUGGCCUCCUGAGAUUCCUGCCCCUGCGGCUGCGGCGCGGGAACAGCAUCUUCCCUGGAGAGCCCAUCCCGAAAAUCAAAGUGAGCAAAACCCCCUGCCCAGCCACCUGCUCGAGGGAGCGGAGACGGCGCGGGGGGGACAAGGACCUGCUGCAGCUGCCCAAGUGGAGGUACAAGGAGCUGAAGGAGGAGAAGAGAGCGGCUGAGGAGGGGAAGAGCAAGGAGAAAAAGAAGAAAGGGAGGAAGAGGCACUAAGGCGGGAGGUGGUGGGGGCGAGGUCCCAGCCGUCCCCUUGGACCUGCUUGCUUUUCUGGCACGGAGGUGGUUUCCUUCCCCGGCAGGAUGGCGGUGCCCGAGGGAGAAGGAUGCUGUGGAGGUGCCCAGCUGAGAUGCCCAGCCCCAGCCCCUGUGGUCCCUGGUCCCCCAAGCCCCUGUCUGGCUCCUCGUCCUCUCCCACCUCGAGGGUGGCCGCCCCAACCCAGCUCUGGUCCUGCUGGGCUCCGAGGUGCUGAGACCCUGGGCCAGGCUCGGGGUCUGCCAGGGAGCAGGUCGGUGGCAGAGGGGGCUCUUUUAUCUCUUUUAUCUUUUUUUUUCCUUUUUUUCGUCUUUUUUUUUUUUUGCGCCUCUGAUCUUCCUGCAAUCUUGAUUUUGCGGCGUGCGGUGGAAUGUGGCCGCGCAAAUUAAAAUGGAAGCGGUUGCCAUGU